GUUCUCCGAAGCUCGAGCUGGACUUGAACCUGCAGCAGCAGGCCAACGCCGAGAUGGUGUGGUGGAACCUCGGAUAUCUGGCAGAAAACGCGGCUAAAUAAACCAAACCCUCCCCCGCGAACCUGAGUUUCGGCAAACCAAACCCAAGGUACAAGCAUUGAACUUAGUAUUAUUCGCCCGGAGCAACCACGGCGCGGCCUGGCGGGAAUAAUAUUUAAAUUUAAAUAUUCCCCCCCCGUCUCCGCCUGCAGCCAUUUGGCUAACAUGCUUUCCUCCCGAUGUUGCCAAUUCCCGUCAAAUGCAAAUCAGCUUCGCAACGUUCUGCGAUUAACCCUCGGCGGCUUUAGGGGUAGUUGCCCUCCUACUACGAAAUAUACCAGUGCGCCAAAUUAUUUGUAUCUUCGGCCCGCGCACAGAUUCAACCAGAAAGCUACUUACUUGACGGUUCGGAGAUUACCACAAUAUCGAAGGAUGGCCCCUCCAAAGAAAAAAGGGGUUGAUCGCUCCAUGCCAAAACCGAGCGCAAGCGUAAUCCUUAUCUCUCCGCAAAACGAAGUGCUAUUGCUGCACCGCGUUCAAAACUCCUCGUCCUUCCCGUCAGCUCAUGUGUUUCCCGGAGGAAACAUAUCUUCGCAAGAUGGCGAUUUCCCACCAGCAGGCCACCCGGACAGUCACGAUGAAGGCCCCCAUUAUCGAAGAGCGGCGAUCCGCGAACUCUUCGAAGAGAGCGGUAUCCUCCUCGCAAAAAACAAGAGAACCGGCAAAAUGAUCCACGUAAACGUGGACGAGAGAGAGAUAGGGAGACAUGCAAUCCACAAGAACAAAAUUACGUUCAACAAGUGGCUAAAGAGCAUAGAUGAAGCUGCAGAACCAGACAUUGACCCCCUCAUUCCGUUUACACACUGGAUAACGCCAACCACGAACCCCAGACGCUAUACAACACAGAUGUACCUCUACUUCCUCCCGUUGUCCUCAGAGUCCAAAAGCAUCAUCGGCAGCGAAGAGAGUGAAGUCCAAGCGCCGACAUCUGAUGGCGGGAUAGAGAUCACGGAGGCCCGAUUCCUCCCCGCAUCGGAGUGGUUACGGCUCGCCAAGAAUGGGAAUGCGAUAAUGUUUCCCCCGCAGGUCUUCCUACUCUCAUUCGUCGCCCAAUUCCUCGAGAGGCCGGGGGAAAACGCGACUGAUGUCUCCAAAGAGGAGUCUGCCAGACGCCGGUCUGAAUUUGUCGACUUUGUGCAUUCGGGGUCACCGCCCUGGACCGAUAAAUAUAUCUCCCCGGUAGCUAUUGGGCAGGUCCCAGAUGGACGAAACAUCCUCACUUUGGAUUACGUCGGGCCUGAACUUCAGGGCUCUGGAAAGAAGGGGGAGCCGGAUAGGGUAGUGCUAGUGCGCUUUCGCAAAGAGGGGCCGAGGGAGGUGGAGAUUCGCUGGAGGAUUGAGGUGGUUGUGCCUGAGAAGAAACUUGCAAAGAGCGCCCUAUGAGAUUGAAGUUGCUGUUUUUUUGUUAGUAAAGAUACCUAUAUGUAGACCGUAAUUAGAAACUACAUGUACACUCUUGGUUAAACUACAUUCCUACAAAGGCUUCUACCGGUUCGAGUCAGUCGGUAAGAGGUUGCCUGGUCUUGGCAGUGCCGGUAAUGGUCGAAGAAAUGCGACAAAUUACCACGCACCUUAGACCCUAACCGCACGACCUUCCAAACCUAAAAUCUCUGCCCCUA